GCUGGUCACGUGAGCAGCGACGGACUCGGAUCGCCUGGACCGUAACUUCCUUGUUAUUAUCGGAGAUAGUCCACAAAACACAGAGAUGGCCGUCUUCGGAUUUGGAGUCGAUCUUGUGGAGCUUGGACCAAGUGUCUUGGCCUAAGACCACCUCUACCUCCCACCUGGAGCAAUGAUGCUGUGUUGGGGUAGCAUGGCCACUGGCCAGUUGGGCCUGGGCGACGUUGUGGGUGGCUUGGUCAGUGAACCCCGGAGAUGCACCGUUUUCAGUGGCAGGGGCCUGAAGGAGGUGGCCUGUGGGGGGCAGCACUCGCUCUUCCUGCUGCACGACGGAAGUGUGUAUACCUGUGGAUCCAACAGCUGUGGACAGCUGGGGCAUGAGAAGCCGGGAGGCAUGCCAGAGCUUGUGGGAGCACUGGAUGCCCAGAAGAUUGUCAUGGUGUCCUGUGGCUGGGCCCACUCUGUGGCGGUUAAUAAGCAGGGUCAAGUGUUUGCCUGGGGGGCAGGCAGCGGGGGCCAGCUGGGCCUGGGCACUGCUGAGGAUACUGUCAGAGUCCCCAGGUUGAUUAAAAAGCUCUGUGAGCAUCGAAUUUCUCAAAUCACAUGUGGUAAUCAACACUGCAUAGCCCUUUCUAAAGAUGGGCAGCUCUUCACGUGGGGUCAGAACUCCCAUGGACAGCUUGGCCUGGGGAAGGCCCAACCCAGCACACUGUCUCCGCAACCCCUGAAAUCCCUGUCAGGAAUCCCAUUGGCUCACAUUGCUGCGGGGGGAGACCACAGCUUCGCCUUGUCUCUGUCGGGGGCUGUUUUCGGCUGGGGCAAGAAUAGCUGCGGGCAGUUGGGGCUGAACGAUGAACAAGAUCGUGCUGUGCCCUGUCAUAUUAAAUUUCUAAGAUCACAGAAAGUUGUGUACAUCAGCUGUGGAGACGAACAUACUGCUGCCCUGACGAAGGAUGGGGGGCUCUUCACAUUUGGGGAUGGCUCGCAGGGACAGCUGGGCCACGACUCCACCAACAACGAAGCCCUCCCCAGACGUGUGCUGGAGCUUAUGGGAAGCGAGGUGUCCCAGAUUGCCUGUGGGAGGUACCACACCCUGGCAUUUGUACCUUCCUCCAGCACGGUCUAUGCAUUCGGCUGUAACACUAGUGGCCAGCUGGGCACCGGUAGUAAGGGCAUUGCUAAGAGCCCGUUGCCCAUCAAAGGCAUCUUCUUCAGCCAUAGAGGAGGCCAUUCCAUGUCAGAAUUUGAACAUUAUACUGUUAGAAAAAUUCAUUGUGGGGGAGACCAUAACUUCUUAUUGUAUUCAAAUAAGGAGAACUCCAUCGCACCUGAAGACUUUCGUGUUAUUAACACCACAAAAAGCAUCUCGAUCAUUAAUUAUGAGAAUCUGGACACUUGGCGAAUGAGGCUUACAGACAGCACGGAUUCCAGUAUCACUAAUGAUAUAAUUCUUCUUCUGUCAUCAACUGCAUGUUGGAAUGCCAGCUUCCUGGACCAAAGCGAUGACGGACACUUUAAGACCAACCCUAGGAUCCCUGGCAUUGACCUGAACUCUGUCAGGCUGCUCUUUGAUACUCUCAUGAAGCCUGCAUUUUCCAAACUGCUGGAGCAGGCCACCAAGAGCUUUGAGAGCCUCCUGAUCCCCCAGCUGCCUUGCUCGCCGCCCGACGUGGAGGCCAUGCGAAUUUAUCUGAUUCUCUUUGAAUGUCCCGUGCUCCAAGAUUCAAAAUAUUUCAUCACGCUGACCAUCCCUCUGGCCAUGGCUAUAUUGCGGCUGGAUGCCAACCCCAGCAAAGUGCUUGACAACUGGUGGUCCUUGGUGGAUGGCAGCGUUUUCUCCCGCUUGGUGGAGAUAUACAAAAACACGGUGGUGUUUCUUCUAACUGGUGGCAAAGCACUUCUCAUCCCGGUAUUCCUUGAGAGCUAUAUCAGUGCUACAUUGCGGCUUCUGGAGAAGCUGCACAAGGUGAACCUGAAAGCCCAGCACGUGGAGUACAAUCAGUUUUACAUUCCUGACAUCACGAGCCUGGUGGACAUCCAGGAAGACUACCUCAAAUGGUUCCUGAGUAAAGCUGAAAUUAAAAUGAGGUCACCACCAGUACAGAGCUCGGUGACUCUGUGUGCCUACCCAUUUAUUCUCAAUGCACAAGCCAAGACAACCAUGUUGCAGACAGAUGCUGAGCUACAGAUGCAGAUGGCAGUGAGUGGCGCCAAUUUGCACAACGUGUUCAUGCUACUGACGCUGGAGCCACUUCUGGCACGGAACCCCUUCCUGGUGCUACACGUGCGCCGUGCCCACUUGGUGAGCGAUGCCCUGCGUGAACUCGCCGUCUACUCCGACAUCGACCUCAAGAAGCCGCUCAAGGUGAUUUUUGAUGGAGAGGAGGCUGUGGAUGCCGGAGGAGUGACCAAGGAGUUCUUCCUGCUGCUGCUCAAAGAGCUGAUGGACCCGGUAUAUGGCAUGUUCACCCAGUACUCCGAGUCCAACCUUCUGUGGUUCUCUGACAAGUGCUUUGUGGAGCACAACUGGUUCCACCUAAUUGGGAUCAUCUGUGGCCUGGCCAUCUACAACUCCACAGUGGUAGACCUGCACUUCCCUCUUGUCCUCUACAAGAAGCUGCUAGAUGUGUCCCCAACUCUGGAUGACCUGAAGGAGCUCUCCCCCACAGAGGGAAGGAGUCUGCAGCAGCUCCUCAACUAUGAUGGGGAUGACUUUGAGGAUACCUUCUGUCUCAACUUUGCGAUCACAAGGGAGUACUAUGGCCUGACCGAGAUGAAGGAGCUGGUCCCUGGUGGAGAGAACAUAGUUGUUCAGAAGUCCAACAGGGAAGACUUUAUAAAGGCCUACCUGAACUACAUAUUCGACAGCUCGGUGAAGGAGCUGUACGGCGCCUUCUCCAGCGGCUUCCUCAAGGUGUGCGGAGGCAAGGUGCUCUCCCUCUUCCAGCCCUCAGAGCUCAUGGCCAUGGUGGUGGGAAACAACAACUACAACUGGGAGGAGAUGGAGAAGAAUGCCAUUUACAAAGGGGAAUACUCAGCUUCACACCCUACUGUGAAGAUCUUCUGGGAAGUCUUUCACGAAUUUCCCCUGGAGAAAAAGAAGCAGUUCUUACUGUUCCUGACAGGCAGUGACCGCAUCCCAAUCUACGGCAUGGAGAGCCUUCGCAUAAUCAUCCAAUCGACGGCGGCCGAGGAGCACUACCUGCCCGUGGCACACACCUGCUACAACCUGCUGGACAUGCCCUGCUAUCAGACCAAAGACACGCUGCGGCAGCGCCUCACACAAGCCGUGGAGCAAUACGAAGGCUUCAGCCUGGUGUGAGCUUGGAGACGGGAUCCCUGCCCUUGCCCUGCCCCGAACCCCGUCCACUGCACUUUAUUGCUCCUGUGGAAAGAACAGCUGCGGUCUGCUGUUAACCAGAACAUAGCAGUUUUCCCCAGGACCAGAGGUCAGGACGAGGGUAUGGGGGGGACCUGGCUGUCAGUGUGUGUCCUUGAAAAAGAGGGAAUUGGUGAAUUAUUCUCUAAAAUAUGUGCAUCACCAAAUUUUCCAGGGGAUCAGUUUUUUCUUUUGUGAGAAUAAGUGAUGCCUGCUAAAUUUGUGCUUUUGUUGUACAAGUUUCAGAAAAGAUUUUAAUUCUGGUUUCUUAUUUGCGGUUCGCUUGAUUUCUGAGUCAUGCAAACAGGUGGACUUGAGCUGAGAAGUCAAGGGUGGUAUUUCGUCCCUUUUUUUGUGACACAGGGAGUUGACCAAGGCUCAGAACUUUGAGGCAGGAUCUCGUCCUGGGACUGUGGGCUGGGGAGUUUUGUCCCUGACAUCGGAGGCAGUGGUGUCGGGUCUUGCGUGCAGAUCACUGCUUUCUGGACAUCUUCGGAAACACUUAGCACAGUGUGUUGUGGACUGCUUUGGGGGAUUAGAAUCCCCUGCCCUGAGGGGGAGGUACAGUCGGAUGUUUUGAUUUGACCUCCCUCCCCCACCCAUUUGCUUACUCCACUCAGAGAGAGUCAACAAAGCGGUCAGUGUUUUAUCUGCAGCGAGUAUCGCCUUCGAUAGCAAGUUGGCGGCUGCGUACGGCGGAUUAGCUGCUUACAAGGGGACUGUACACGCUGUAAAUGUGCAUGCAGUGGACCAUUGAUAGUGUGUGGGUUGCGGUGUAAAAAGAACUACGGCUGAAAGUAAUUUGUGGGACGCAGGGCUAGGAACCCCAUUUGUGUCUGAUUCCAGUUCCAGUGAGUUACAGCUUGGCCAUUUACCCCAAGUAUUAAAAGCAAUUAUUGAUUCACUUCGGUGUAGUUUUAAAUGUAUCCGGUCAUUGUGUGGGUUUUUUUUUUUCCCUUUUCCCUUUCUCAGGAACACUUUCCUUUUUCUGUUCUGUUCCACUUCCUGUGAAGUACAAAGCAGUUUAUACUGUAAAGGUAAACCUUUUGCCUGAGCAACCAUGCUGGUUGAACAAAAAUAGGCUAAAAGGAGUAAAAAAUUGAGUGAAAAGCACUGCCAUUUAGAUUUUUUAAUAUUUUAAAUACAGUUUGAACCCACAUUCAGCCUCUGGCCACACACCCUCUGUUCAUUCACACAAAUCAUGAACAUGAAAUAUUCCAGUAUACUGCUCAAUAAUGAUAUACUCCGUAGUCAUACAUGUGCAACUAGUCAUCUGUCUUCUUUGUUAGUUUAAGCAUUGUCUAUUUUUCCAUGUAACUACCUGCUAGUCAGUAACUGGUGUAGCAGGACCAGGUUUGCCACAGCGUGAGUGACAGGGAGCGCUCCUAGUCUUUGUCAAGUGGUUAUUGGUAGGUACUAGUGAGCGUGUCCGCACUGUACUGAGCCCUGACAGCGUUGCACGAAUCGGCACCACGUUGAGUGUAAUAAUUCACAGCUGCAGGACACUUGUACCUGUGAAACGGCUUUGCAGCAUGUAUGACGCAUUCGAGUUGCGCUUUACUGAGAAAUUCAAAUGAUUUCACAAUGGAGGUGUCUGUCAAUGUAUGCAAACAAGGGCUUAUUCAGUGGCUGUUCAUGACUUUAUUAAUAAAGUACAUGUUUACUUUUA